AGACCGACAAAGCUCGGGGUGAGGUCAAAAGGGCAAAGUUCGUCCUUUUCGUCGAAUCGCAAAAAGUAAAGGGAGAAAGGUAGUGGAGGAGGAGGAAGGGUAGAAAGAGUGUAACAGAGUCCGUGGGCCGAUCUAGACGAUUCUCAGCGCGUGCAGUGAGCUCACGCGCGGCUGCUGCAACUGCUGUUGUCGCCGCUCACGGCGCAGUGGCGGGUGCGUGUGCGUGUGUGUGUGUGACUGUGUGCGCGUGCGGAUCGCCUCCCCUGUGCGCAGACGCCGACGCCGAAGCGCGUGCUGUUACGAAACUGCCGGCCUCCCCGCGCUGCCUUUUUCCAUACGACGACAGCGUGAAUCCAAAUAAGCAGCAAACAACUUUCUCUUUGAAGUGCCCGACUCGCUAAUUCAAGGAGAAAACAUCACCGCACUCAGCGAUGCAGCUCGGCACGCUGCUGACUGCGGCCUUUCAAGCGAGGACACCGCACGAGCAGCCAAGAUAAAAGUUGAAAAAAAAAUAAAUAAAAAGGGGGAGGAGUGAGAUGCGCUGCACCGCCAAAGGAGGAGACUGCGCUCGCGCCCGUGUUUAGUGCCGAGUUCAUUUACAACGAGCGGCGACAAUCUUCCUCUUGAUGGAGUUCGGAGUAUCCAUACUAGAGAGGAGGGCCUCGGGCCUGUGAUCACUUGUCUUGAAAAACUUCUUGGCCGCGUUCUUGGCUCCAGUAGUCGGGUCUGAGGAGUAUCUUUGUAAUCUGAGUUGAAACCUCACCUGAACAGCGACAUCUACGCUGCGACUAUGACGAGGUCACGUGUUCAUGUAUGACACACCAAGGAGCAGGUGCGGCUGAGACUGGACCCAGCAUGGAAGAUGGGCUCGCCCAUAGGCCACGUCAGCUCGGCUGUUCCAUUCUCCUCCUGCUGCUCUUCUUGCUGUCGGAUACACAGUCACAGACUCUGCGCUUUCACUGGGUCCCAGGUCCCUGGGGUCAGUGUCAUCAUUCCAAGUGCGGCUACCCGGGUCUGCAGUACCGCGACGUGCGGUGCCAGCUCCCGUCCGGCCAGCCGGUCAUGCCAGAAAACUGCGAAGGCCUGCUGCGCCCCAAGGACACGCAAGAGUGCUUCGCGGUCUGUGAUGCUGCGCACUCCGGCGAGUUGUCGCCCUCAGGCUGCUGCCCGCCGGAAGGGGGAGAGCAGUCGCCGCGGCAAGGGGAGGUGAUCCUGGACACCAACCACCUCAACCUUGACCCCACGGAGGUGGAGUGGGUGGUGUCGCAGUGGAGCAGCUGUCGUCUGGCGCCCAACGUCUCCAAGUGCGGGCGCAACAGCGGCAUCCGGUAUCGCAACGUCUCGUGCGAGCGCAAGGACCGCCGGGAGUUCAAGGACGAGUACCUGUGCCUGCGCGUGGAGCGCAAGCCGAGCGUGACGGAGCCGUGUGAACUGCUGUGUCGCCAGGACUGCGUCACCACGCCCUGGAACGAGUGGACGAAUUGUGACGUCACCUGUCAGGUGACCAACCGGACUCGGACGCGAAAUAUCGUGAUCCCCCCUCGCCACCGGGGGGACCACUGUCCGGCCUUCUCGCAGAUGCUGCCCUGCGACAACUGCUCGGAGACGUACACCUAUGUGUUUGGGGACUGGGGGCCGUGCAAGUCCUUUACCUACAAGGGGGAGCAGGUGCAUCACCUGAUUGGCCACCAGACUCGGGAUGUCAACUGUCUGCAGAGCAAAGGAACCAUCACCAGCUUACGAAACUGCGCCGAGAAACUUCCAGACACCUUGAUAGUCAAGCACCAGUCCUGCAUCAUUCCCCAGGACUGUCAGCUGACCACGUGGUCCAGCCUCGUCCCCUACAACAGCAGCUGCCUGGCCCCUGAUGGAUCUCGUGCCUGGCUUCAUGAUUCGCACCCGACAGGUAGUGCAGCUACCCCUGGGGGACGGCUUGCCUGCCCCCCUAACCUCGUGGAGCUCGUGAAGCUGUAUGGAGAAGACCCCGCGUCCCUGACCCCCUGUAAAAGUGCCCGGUGGUACAACUCGUCCUGGAGUGUGUGCGAGGUGGUACCCGGCUACAGCCACUGCGGUACCGGCAUCCAGACCAAGCGCGCCAUCUGCGUCAGUGUGGGCGAGGACGGUGUGGAGAGGCCGGUGGACGAGAGCCUGUGCCCAGACCCUAAGCCCUUGUCAGUGCAGUCUUGCCACACGGACUGCAACUGGGACUGCUCCGUGUCACAGUGGACGUCGUGGUCACCGUGCCAGAACGGGGAAUGUUCCAGCUCCACCAUCGACCACAUCCGCAGACGUCACAUCCGGUCUGAGGGUCAAGCCGGAAAACGAUUCCGCACAAGAGAAGUGUUGACUCUACCGGGUCCUGGCGGGAAAAGUUGUCCCCACCUGAGCGAGACACAACUCUGCAAACCCGAGCCCUGCUUCCGGUGGAAUGUGACGUAUGGAGAGUGCGAGCCGUCCACCCGAGGUGGGUGCGGCAAGGGUACCCGGCAACGGCAGUCGGACUGUGUUGACCGCACCGGGGUAAAGGUGAAUGCCCGGUCCUGCUGGGAGCACGAAGCAGUCAACCGACCCUGGGAGGAGUGCGAGGUGCCCUGUCCGGAUGACUGCGUCCUGUCGGAGUGGAGCGGCUGGUCAGUCUGCCCUGACCCCUGCGAGCGGACAGUCCAGGGACCCUUCACCCGCCAGAGAACCCGACGCAUCCUGGCAUACAGUGGGCAGGGGCGGCUAAGUGUGCGGUGCCCUGCCCCCCAGGCCCUGCGCCAGGUGGAGGCGUGCGCUGCCUCCGUGGAGUGCGCCGUGUACCAGUGGGAGGCCAGCGCCUGGGGGUCGUGCACCCUCCUCGACCCCAACACCCAGUGUGGCCACGGCAUCCAGCACCGAGAGGUGGGCUGCUACACUCCGACUGGGACACAGAUGGUGGAUCAGAGGUGCAUGGAGAGCGUGAAGCCGCGAACUACACAAGACUGUAUGGUCGAGUGCCCAAUCGACUGUCACUACACGGAAUGGUCCGAGUGGUCCGAUUGUGGCGCCACCUGCCGGGCUGUUACUGCCCGUCAGCUGCUCCCCCGGCAGAGCCGCCAGCGCUUCAUCCUGACGUACGCACAAAAUGGCGGCGAGUCGUGUCCCUACAACCUGGACGAGGAGCGCCAGUGCCUCAAUCUACCCGUGUGCGAGACCUUUUACUGGGAUGUUUCACCCUUCAGUGCCUGUGUUUUUCCGCCUAUCGUUCCAUUCUGCGGUCCAGGGCUGCAAGCACGAAAAGCGGGUCUGAACGUGUGUCUGGAGAAGUUGUCGUCCAUGCCGCCUCUGGUGGAGAGCUGUCACAUCUCGUGCUCCAGUGAAUGUCUGAUGACAGAGUGGACACCAUGGACAUCCUGCAAAAACAAGUGUGAAGGCUCGAAGCACAGAUGGAGAGAGGUGGUUGGAGAGAACAAGAACCACGAGAAGUGCAAGUUCCAGCAGAAGUAUAUGACUUUCGAGAAAGCGGAUUGUGUCUGUGGUGAAUUGCGACCAGUGGUCAUCGGGGACUGGUCUGACUGCAUCCUGCAACAUCCGGACGAGGUAAAUAAUGCUGUAAGAGAAGUUCGCUCAGAUGUCGCUAAAAAGCCUGCAUCAGCGCACACCCAACGACACCCUGAGGAAGAUCUACAAAAGCAGGCGUACUGCGGGUCAGGGGUCAGGUACAAGGUCAUCUCAUGCCAGACCAGCAGCAGGGACAUGGAGGGCUCGGCCAGCUGCUCCGCUGUGGAAUAUGAGGAGGAGCCGUGCACCAUUUCUUGCCCCGUGGAUUGUCUGAUGCACCCCUGGAGUGAGUGGAGCCAGUGCAGUGUUACCUGCGGGUCAGGUAUUCAGCAGAGGUACCGGAGCGUGAAGACCCAGUCCGAGAAUGGAGGAAGAAAGUGUCCAACCAGCUAUGGCUACACCACGGAAUCGCAGACCCGGGUGUGCGUGUCCCCUGUCAGUACCACCAGUGGUACACGGAUGACUGGGGGCCGUGCCAGCCCCAUGGUGGCGACAUCUGUGGAGAGGGAACACAGACAAGGAGCGUGGGGCAAGUGCUUUGCUGUCAUGAACGGUUUGGCCAGACCCACUCCCCUGGAUCCAAGUUAUUGUCCAGGAAACGAGCGACCUGCUAAUGUCCAGGCGUGCGACUUGCCGUGUCCAGGACACUGUGUCAUGUCUGACUGGACAGAGUGGACACCUUGCAGGCAGCCGUGUAACGGGAAGCAGACGCAGGUUCGGAGCCGGAAGGUGCUGCGGACUGCCGGGCAGAACUGCAUGGCACAGCAGGACGUGCGUGUGUGUCUCAAGGGCGACACGUGCAUCGAGUACUCGUGGGAGUUGUCGGACUGGACCUCCUGCCUCGUCAACGACGGCUCCGAGGUUUGCGGCGUCGGCCACAAGGAGCGCUUCGCCCUGUGCCGCAACGAAGCCGGCCAGCGGGUGGACGACCACAAAUGCAUUGAGCUGUUCGGACCCAUGACCGAGCCUCUUGUCGUGUCCUGCGAGAUUCCCUGCGACAACGACUGUCUUCUGUCGGACUGGUCGGACUGGAGCACCUGCACGCGCACUUGCGGUUUGGGUGUGACCACCAGGUACAGAGUUACCGUGCAGGCGCCAACUGGCAACGGGAGGAAGUGUCCGGGUUCCAUGGACCAGAGCAGACCGUGCUUCCUGCAGGGAUGCUAUCGCUGGAUGGUGACUGACUGGACAAGCUGCAGGACACAGAAAGGCGUGUGUGGCCAAGGUAUGCAGGAGAGAAACGUGUCUUGUGUCGGGGAGGACGGCCAGCCAGUCAACUCCACUCGUUGUCCCCACGACACUGAAAAGCUCGUUCUAAAGACCCGCCAGCCGUGUCGUGUACCUUGUCCAGGUGAGUGUCGCCUCUCCGAGUGGUCUGAGUGGAGUACCUGCUACAUCGGAUGCCAGGACUUUAGAGAAGGUUUUCGAACGGGCGUGAGAGCGAGGUCAAGGGCCAUUCUUGUUAACCCCAGCGUCAACAACCCUCCCUGCGACGACACCCUGUGGGACGAGGAGACCUGCCAGACAGACACGUGUCUCAACUUCACCUGGAACGCCACCCCGUGGAGCGCCACCGGCCUCCGCACGGUCACCUGUCGCAGGUCUGACGGCUUUGUGGUCGAAGGUGGGUGCAAUGAUGCUGUGCGACCGGCCGAUGUGCUGACCUGUGUACCCGAGUGCACCCCGCUCAACUCCAAGUGUGUCGACAGCAACCUGUGCUCCUGUGUCCCACCCUACCGACCCGUGUACUCCCCCAACAACACCCUCACCGACUGUGUCAUGAACACCACCACGACACCAGCGGCGGGAGGCACCACUGAUGUUCAGCCAGUCAGCACCACCAGCAUCUGGAUGUACGCUGUCAUCGCUGUUGGCACCAUCUUCGUCAUCUCCGUGGCAGCUGCUCUCUACAACAUGUGUGAGUUAUUCCGCACGGGGCCCCGCCCUCGCAGGAAAGCCAACCAAGCUAGCAAGACAGCCAGUGGUGCUGACCUCACCCCCAGCGCCACCCGGCGGACAGGAGACUCAGACUACGUCAGAAACACGGAGAUGGAGGAGCUGUACAAGCAGGUCGUGCCGCGGGCGCUAAGAUCUGACACCCGCAAUAAUCAUCCAGAUAUGACCUCUGACCUCACGAGAGAUCCUGACCCUGCCUACCAGAACCUGGAUCCCGAGAACUUGCCGACCCCAGACCUGGCCUUCGCAGACAGCGGCAACGGACGGAGAGCGGAAUCGGAGCGGAACGCGGCAGAGUCCUGCGGCCCGACGGCCAGAAGCAACGUAGGUCUCGGGGUGAGGCUUCCUGGAAGGGGCUCCAGGGAGGAACAGGAACAUUUGCUGCCUCCUUCCUGUCCUCUUCCACACCCACCCCUCCCUCCAGCAUGCUCCUACCCUCUCGCUUCCGGCCUGGCCACCGCUAACAACAGGCGCUACCCUGCAUGGCGUGGGUCCAUGCAAAGCAUGGACGGCGGCUUUUUCCGAAAGUGUGGCGUGUUCUCUGCAUGUCUUUCAGAUGCAUCCCCAGGAUACGAGGACGAGGGUCGAGCGGAGGAGAGGGUCCAAAUGGUGCCCGACGCGUCCCUCGACAGUUUAAGGACGCCAUGUUUGGCGCACGUGCGCAGGCAGGGUGGUGGAGGAGAAGCAAACGAUGUGGCAUGCGUAGAAGUGCACUGUUCUGUGUCGGGUCUGACUAACCACCCUAACUGCAUGCUCAGAGAUUCACACCUGCGCCCGUCUUCCAGGCCGGUCAAGUCGCCCCCGUGCAGGCCCUUGCCAGGCCGGCCGGUUGUCAGUCCCUCACCUCAGGAAUCCCCCCUCCCUACAUCGAAGAUAGACACAGACACCAACUCCACAGCCUCUGAAUACAUAUCAGCCUCUCGUUCCGCUGCGGGAGACAACCUAACAGAGGAGCUAGAACUCGAUGGCAUGCAGUUGUUACCCCUUGACAUUUCUCUAGAUCCUUCUUCCUUCAGGGGGGACCGCACGGGGGCUGGCGCGAAGGGAUCUUUGUCGAACAUUUCAGAGAUGUCUUUCGACAAGCCCCCUCCUGACUCUUGCCCCAGUUUCCCGGCACAGAUGGAUUAUGGGAACAGUGGUGCGAGUGUGCAGCAACUCAUUUUGCCAGGGGCUGAGACUGGCAGGUCGAGCGUGGACAGUUCUCCUCUGUCAGGAAGGUUGCGAUCCUCGCAACUUCGGGAGGAACCUCUGAACAGCAUGCUGGGAAAGACGCCGAGCCUCCGGAUAUCUUGUGCACGGAUCCACGGAUCCUUCACCUUCAGCGGCCGGUCAAGGACGGGUCUCUAGACUCCGGUCGCUCGACUUUGCCUCCUCCCGCAACGGCUCGCUGGACACGCCCAGCGAUAACAGCACCUGGCCCUCCUCCAACGGCAAACGUUUGUCCCCUUCCCAGCCGCACCCUACCGGCGCCAUGCAAGCAGCAUCGCGCGACAGUCACGUGGUCUUCCGACCGCCGCUAGAGGGCUCACGGGCGUCGCGACGCAACAUGGUGCCGCUGGUGUUCGGAUCUCUCCCGACAGCCAAAGCGCGCAGCCCCACGGCAUGCCCGCCCAACUCCGUCUUCGGAUCUCCUGGUCUCCGACAACAGAGAACUCCGCAAAGGCCCGUAACUCCAUUGGGCUCGCCCGGUUCUCGCAGUCUGUGUGAUUCGUGCCGGAAGGUGAUGGGGCCAGGAGACCUGUUCCUGUCGGACACCCCCGACUCCAUGUCGGAGACCUCUGAACGGAGUGGAAUGGAAACCACGGUGUGACGUCACCUUUUAGCCUUGACGAGCCCUCGACGAACGCGUGUAGAUAGUGAAUCUACCAUCGAGACUCGCUCCUUGUCAUGCGGUUCCGGUUCGUUCCACGAACUAAAACUCCUCCUAACAUUGUGGUUUGCACGGUGCACUUAUUUUAGAAAUCAUGGUCUCGCUCCUGACAGGUUUAACUGUGCUCAAGACAUCAGUCAUCACAGCACGUGAAAGCUGCAAAUAAUAAUGAACUUCAGAACUCUACACCGCAGAAUGUAUUUGUUCCUUUCUUCCAUUGGACGUGGUAUAGCAUGGUUCACAGUAAUAACUAUUGUUAUCUCGCGUCCAAGAUGGCGAAAACCAAACAAUCGCUCAAGGAGACGGCACCAACUGUUAUUCCCAUUGCUAGUCAGUAUGUUGACAUUUGUCCUUUUGUGUCAACCCUCCUGUGAGUCAUUUCUGUGUUGUAUGAGAACUUUCCCUGCACAUAGUUUUAUUUGAGACUGUAGCAUGUCGCUCAUUCAUCUGUCUCAUGAUAGUAGAGUUUUUCUUUCGUAUACUUCAGCAUGAGAGGUUUCCAGCUUCCCUGUGUUACAUUUACAAAAACAUUUUUAAGUUGCAAACGAAAGUCCUCUAGUUAGCUGAUUCCACCCUACCCGACAUUCCAGUUUUUGAACCUGAUGGUAUAUUGUACUGCUUGCUCAAGUUUCUUUCGCCUUCCCUUGGAGAUAGCAUCAUCCUCAUCAUCGUUUUUCAUCCGACCCACGCCAAAUUGACUGGGUCACGUGAUAUUUUCUGUCUCACAUGAAAGGCUUUCACCAUAUAAGGCAGACUAUCCUUUGUAAGGAUUCUUACAUCACAUGGUCAUCUGCGAUCGUUCUUACCUUGCAUUUUUCUCUUUUCUUUUUUUUUUCUUUUUCAC